UGUCCGCCUUGCCGUGGUCAAUCUGCUUCCCCCGGCUGCCCAAUUCCUGACUUCCAUCCUCUCUUAUUCAUUCCAAUUCUCUUUCGCCUGAUGGCCCAAAAGUAAAGUCCGAAAACCCAACGGAGGGUGUUAUCAAUGGCCGCAGCAACCGCCACACGCUCAUCCGUCUCUCCGUCGCCCUAUCGGGAAGGCGUCGAGCUCCGAAUUCGAAAGCACGUCCCGCCGACGCCCUUUGGCGCUGGUUACGGACCAUGUCCUCGGCGCAAAGUCGGGGUCGGGCCCGAUGCCACGGAUGUCGACCGCGUUGCUUUCGCCAUGGACAAUCCGCCCUUGGAGACGGAGCCCGCGGCCACCGAAGAGCACACCUUCACCAUCACCGGCUCAAAAACCCUGAGACGUUUCCACGUCGACGGCGGCGGCGCUCACGUGGUCACGGGCUAUUUCGACCGAGACAAGGGCGUCGUCUGCCUGGCCAAGAUCUACGACGGCGUCUACUACCCGCUGGAGAACCAAGACUCCGGCUGGGACAGCAUGACCCUGGCCGACGCCGACUAUGCUAUCGAGGCCUGGGCCUAUGAAACCAUGCAGCCUGUCCAAGGGGUUGGCGCCAAGCUCGUGCCCGAGUACUACGGCACUUGGACUUUCACGGUUGCCGACCGACCCAACCGCCGGCGCUGGGUCCGCAUGCUCCUGCUCCAGCUGGUGCCCGGUGAGACCGUCUUGGCCAAGAUCCUCAAGGCUACUAAGAACAACAGCGUCCAGCUCUCCCUAUUGCCCGAUCAGGACACUCGUCUCCGAGUCCUCAAAGACACCUUCGAGGCCGCCAUCUCCAUAUGGUGGGAGGCCGAGGUUCUCCACGGAGACCUGUCACCGCGGAACGUCAUGGUCCGGCCUGACGGUAGCGUGGUCCUGAUCGAUUUCAACCAAGCUGUCGUUUACCCGUUCCAUUAUCGGUCGCAUCCGAAGCACAACAAGGAUGCCCGCCCACUUCCUCACUCACCCAUCGAGCGCCACUGGCCCUUUGCCCCCGGCACAGGAACCUUCGCGGAUCCCGGAAAUCAGGGGAAUCAGUGGGCGAGUUGGGUCCCCCAAAGUUGGCUCCAAAACCCGGAAUUGGCCGCCGAGUGGCUGUUGAAGACAUGGGGAAGUCCUGCGCCAGGCAAAUACGCGCCUUUGUCCGAUUACUUUUUCAAUCACCCCGCCCACGCGGAGAGGAGUAGGAAGCUGCAGGCAGCUCUGGAGAAGCUGGGUCGCGAACCCGCAAAGAAAUAGGGAUGAAGCAGCGUUAGAUCGGUUUGCAAUUCAAAGACGACGACCUCUUGUUCGGGAGGCGGAGCUAUCAGCUUGCGUUCCUCAUCAACAGACAGGAUCCGCCCGUGAGG